AUCCAUUUACUAAAUAUCAUUAGGAAUUUGCUUUACAAUAUUUGUGUUUGUGUGUAUUCAAUCGUUGCCUGUGAGGUGAGACUUUGAGUCAGUGUGACUUUACGGCUUUUGUGUUUGCCAGUGUCUCAGCAAUUAGCAUGUGAUAAAACAGGCAGAUCCCCCCGCCCCUCUGCUCUGGUGCUGUGGAUGAAAACAGAUCAGAUAUUCUCCCUGCAGCUGCACCUGCUCCCCCCGCCUAUAACCGUUGUUUUGAUAUAAAGCUGAGUGUAAAAAAAUACAUCUUUAUCUCGCACGUUGAACAGCAGGCUUCCCAGAACGUUCUUUACUUCUUCAAAAUUCUCCGCGUGUUUUGCAGUUCUUCUGGCAAAAUGGUUCUUCAUGAAUCCUGAGUGUGCAUCAGUGAGGACGUGUUAUCUGCCGGCUGGUUCAUAAAUCAGUUUCCAAGCGCACAAUGAAAAGGGCGGUGUCACUGACAAAAAAAAGACGGAAAAUGAUUGUGUGGAAUGAAUUUCUCCGAUGUGAGUGAGCAGAUGAAACUGAUCUCUGUGUGUGGGCGCGUACACGUACUGUACGUAUGUAGAAUGAUGAUAAAAGUCUCGGGGUUGAGCUGUCUUUUAGGAGCUUAUCGUGUUUUUCGAUGGUGCACGAUCGGAGGUGCUGAAAUGCAGCCAGCAUCGUUUGAGAGUGCCUCCCCCCUCUCCUUUUGCACACACAGAGAGAGAGAGAGAGAGAGGUAGAGAGACCAAAAAAGAGGCGUCAGUGAAAGGAAUCAGCUUCGCCAGGAAGACAGAGGAAAAACAUUACAGAAACAGACAAAGGAAAAAAUGGAAGCCCAGGCGCAAAUUCACUGUUCACAUGCACCAGGAGGGAUGCGGUGGUCGUGAUGCUCAUAGUCGGAGAUUUGCACGGACUAUUCCCUCGGUUUAAUGAGGCGGGUGGGGACGCACAGUGAGCUGAAAAGGCGGAAAGAUCACCCGUCUGCAAAUCCUGCCUGCCUGCGAUGGCUCUGACUGCGCGAUGCUGUAACAGUGUGAAGGAGAAUGUACAUUUUUCUGUAUAUUUGGUUAUUUUCGUACUGAGUGGCCUUACUAAUGCACAAAUUAGAUACUCCAUUCCGGAGGAGCUGGAAAACGGGGCAGUGGUCGGUGACAUUGUCCGGGAUUUGGGUCUGGACCUGAGAAAACUUUCCACCCGACGCAUCAGAAUCACGUCGGACAGUGGACGCAGAUAUUUCUCCAUCAAUCACAAAACUGGGAAGCUGGUGGUGAGUGACCGCAUUGACCGAGAGUCCGUUUGCGAAUUUAGUGGCACCUGUUCACAUAAUCUGGAGGUCGUAUUAGAGAAUCCACUUGAGGUGCACAAUGUGGAGGUGGAGAUCUUGGACGUCAACGACAACACACCACAGUUCCCUCGAGAUGAGUAUCAGCUCGAGGUGUCAGAGUCCGCCCUCACCGGGUCGCGUUACCACAUUGAGGGAGCUCAGGACGCAGACGAGGGCUCAAACUCCGUGAAGCAGUACAGACUCAGCCCAAACGACCACCUAACUCUCGACUCCAUUAAGCUAUUUUCCAAUGGUAAGCACAUUGAGCUGAUUCUCAAAAAGCCAUUUGACCGUGAAAAGAUUCCCUCUCAUCAGCUAAUCCUUACAGCAGUUGAUGGAGGCACCCCCCAAAAAACUGGCACGGCCAAAAUCAACGUACGUAUCCUCGAUGCCAAUGACAACGUUCCUGCGUUUGACAGCUCUGUAUAUAAAGUGAAACUGUCUGAAAACUCUCCAACUGGCGCACUUGUUAUCAAGCUCAAUGCAACAGACCCUGAUGAGGGCUCAAACGGGGAAGUUUUUUAUUCCUUCAGCAGUUACACACCAGAGAGAGUAAGACAGAUGUUUUCAAUGGACACAGAUACAGGAGAAAUUAGAGUGAAAAACAAUAUAGACUUUGAGGAGACAAAUUCGUAUGAAAUGUACAUUCAAGCAAUGGACAAAGGACCAGCUCCUGUGGCAGUGCACUGUAAAGUAGUUGUAGAAGUUUUGGAUGUCAAUGACAACAUUCCUGAGAUUGUACUGUCCUCUCUCUCCAGCCCUGUGCGUGAAGAUGCCCGGGCAGACACAGUUGUGGCAUUGAUCAGCAUGAAUGACCGUGACUCUGGACCAAACAAACAAGUAACCCUAGAGAUCAUGCCCAACUUGCCCUUUAAGAUAAAACCUUUCCGAAAUCACUAUACCAUCGUCACGGCCGCCUUCUUGGACCGAGAGACCAUCUCAUCCUACAACGUCACUGUCAAUGCUGUGGAUGGCGGAACUCCACCAUUGUCAUCUCAGAUGACCUUCAAGGUGGAUGUGGCAGAUGUAAAUGAUAACCCACCUCGGUUUGAACAGACCUCAUAUACUGUUUACAUCACAGAGAACAAUGCCCCAGGUGCAUCCCUUUGUAUCGUUAAAGUCACAGACGCUGAUACUGGAGAAAAUGCACGCAUCACCUAUACUGUCCUCAAUGACAACAACCAUGGGAUCCCUGUAUCCAGCUAUGUCAGCAUCAAACCUGAUACUGGCGAGGCCUAUGCCCUUCGAGCCUUUGAUUUUGAAAAGCUGAGAGAGUUUCAUUUUCAAAUCAAAGCCCAGGACAAUGGAGUGCCUCCUCUCAGCCGUGUAGCUACUGUGUAUGUUUACAUUAUGGAUCAGAAUGACCAUGUGCCCAAGAUAGUCUACCCACCUGCCAAUGGGAGCCACACCAUAGAACUGCUGAUGAAGAAUGCUGAGGCAGGAGUGUUGGUUAGCAAGGUGACAGCUUGGGAUAGUGAUGCGGGGCAGAAUGCAUGGCUUCUUUAUUCCCUGCAACAGACUAACACGGACCUUGAUCUGUUCAAGGUGCACGAGUACACAGGUGAGAUCCGCACCACAAGGCGGGUCAUUGAGGACAACUCCACUUCCUUUGUUCUGACAGUGUUAGUGCGCGAUAAUGGUCUACCAGAACUUUCCUCUACUGCCACCAUCCAUGUGCACGUGAUGGAGUUACCCCCAAAGUUAGCCCCCGACCCCAAGCGCAUCAUCAGACCUGACAGCCCUUUAAUGUUUUCCAAUAUCACCAUCUACCUCAUCAUUGCCCUGAGUGCCACAACCUUCGUUUUCUUGGUCACUGUCUGUGUGCUGGCCAUUGUGCGUUGCCAUGCCUACUGUACCCAGCCUGGCUCCUGCUCCCCAUGUUGUGUAUCCAAGAAGAGUGUCCCUGAGGGGGGCACCGCAGCAGGUGCUGCAGGUGGCGCAAGGGCUGCAAGUGGAGGAGGUGGCGGGCAGCAGCAGCCAAGCGACAAUGUGGCCCUGCGGCGUGACCUCAAAGUAGAGCCGCAUUAUAUUGAAGUGCGGGGAAAUGGGUCUUUGACCAAAACCUACUGUUACAAGACAUGCCUGACUGCGACGUCAGGAAGUGACACGUUUAUGUUCUACAACACAGGACGACCUCAUAGUGGCACGUGGGGCUCGGGCUACGUCACCAGCCACAGCGGCCAGAGCCAGUUAUUUGUACGACGUCUCAGUAUGCCAGAUGCAACUGCCAUUCAGCCCAAGGCGCCAAAUGCAGACUGGAGAUAUUCAGCCUCCCUGAGAGCAGGAGGAGUAAUGCAAAGCUCAGUGCACAUGGAGGAGUCCUCAGUAAUGCAAGGAGCCCAGGGUGUCCUGGUUCAGAACUGGCCUACUGUAUCCAGUGCUGCUGGCAUGUUGGAAUACGGGCAAGGAUUGACCAGAGUUACAAAGGCUGUGGCCACCACACUACAAACUGAUGGUGAGGGAGGAGAAGUGUCCCCUCCAAUGGGUGCUGGUGUAGACAGCAACAGUUGGCACUUUCGCUAUGGCCCUGGUGGACCUGGUGCGCCCCCGCAACACCUGAAGCCUGGCGAGGUUCCCCCAGAAGCCUUCAUCAUCCCUGGCUCCCCAGCCAUAAUAUCCAUCAGACAGAACCAAGGAGGAGAGGACGACAAGAGUGACUUCAUCACCUUCGGAAAGAAAGAGGAGGCCAAGAAGAAGAAAAAGAAGAAGAAGGAGAAGGAAAAGAAAGACAAGAAGGAUAAGGGAAAGGAUGAUGGAGAUGAGUAGAGAAGCAGGAGGAGAAAAUAGCAAAGAAGAAAUGGGUGCUGUUAAAACAGAGGUACCAACCAAAGUCCACUGGGCAAAAAGAAAUUGUGCAAACAAUAAAAGAUAUAUAAAUUUAAUUUUAUUACCUAAUUCCACUGAUAGCAUUCUAAGCGCCUACUGUUAUGAACCUGGCCUUAUCAAGAAUUACUUUACCUUCAGUCCCUUGCUGAGGUAAAUUGUUGAUCUUGACUUGAUAAACAAUAAAAUUAUUGAUUUUGCUCCACCCCCUACGUGCCUAUACACGUUGAGUCAACUCCGGUCCAUCCUUUCUAGUCAGGAUGGACCACACUUUUACCCUUGAUUUUUUUGUCUCCUGUAACCCACUAGGCAUGUUGGCACCUCUGUCUUACCCCCUCCCCAACUAUGAUGUGUAAACCAUUCUCUCAGAGAAGAGACAAAUACUUUGUACAAGAACAACUAAAAGCUCUGUGCCAGCCUAGGAAAAGAAGAAUGACGCAGAAGAUGAGACAGAUCUAUGCGAUCUGGAGCUGGACACAAACACACACUACUUGUAAAUAGCACAGAUGAGAAUCGCUGAAACUAAGGCUAACAUGACACUGCUGCAGAUUCCUCUGGUAAUUACCAACAGUGUUUCCUAAGAUCGCAAAGAAACCAGAUGCACACACACACACACACGCAUGCUCACACACAUCAGAAACAUGCAAACACAGGACCACUCACAUGUCAUGGCAAAGAUGACACAAGAAGCGCUUGACAGAAGGAGAGAAGUACAAAAAAAAGAGAGGAACAAUUGACAUCAAAGUAAUGUGCUUAAACCAAGACACUGCAAGCUUUUUGCCCUGCACAGUCACCAAUGUGGUGAACGUGUGUAAAUCAACACUCUCAGGAUGGAAGCAGCAUCCUUUGAAAUCAUUCUGUAUGCUCACUGCAUUUGACGGACACAGAGCUUCAUCUCCAGCCAGAACCCCCAACAGAAGAAUGCAGAGAGCCUGGAAAGAUGGAAAUGGGAAGUUGCCUCACAUUCUCCUGAGGGGAAGAGUCCAGUUGAGCUGGCUUGUGAGUCUGCUUGUGGUCAGUGGACUCUGAUGAAACCAAAUGCAGAAUAUUCAGAGUCUAGAGAUUUUGAUAACACCUUAUCUUCUUACCCAUCCCUGCUGCAGCAAAAGCCUAACGCUUUUUGCUUUGAAUGUUUGGUAGCAUAUAGUCCUUACCUGUUUCCUUGAGUUUACAACUGCUCACCUGCUUGUACUUGCCCCAGAUUGCCAGAAGCCAUCCUCUCCUCUUUUCCCCCAUGAUCACUCACCCCACUGAUAGCCUCUUCAUCUGAUGAAGUUUGAGAAAUUAUGGUUUUCUUUUAUUCUAAGAUUAAUAGUUACAUACUCAUAUUUUAAUUUCCCUCUCUCCCUAUUUUUUUUUAAUUUUACUGCCUUUUGCGUGUCAUGCCUACCCCCAUCUACCCUCAGACACCACCCCAAUCCUCUACACUGACCCCUUGCUCAGGAUCAGUCCUGGGAAUGGCCUGCUCUGAACAUUGUGGUGUGCUGAGAACAGCAUGGAGUAAUGUGGAUGAGGCCUGGGGAAGCCCAGUCGGGGUCCUACACACCUGAGCUCUUGUCAAAUAUCUUUCUAAGUGCAAAACGGUUCAGUGCUUUCAACUUGUUAAUAUGAUGUUAAUUUCCCUGUUUGUAGCCACUAAUGAGAGGGGACCAGGUGGGAUGAAGCAGGUAAUAGUGGUGGAGGACAAAAAUUAAAUGGAGAGACAGGCGCCAUUGGGCUGGCCCUCCCCCCUCCACGUGCCAGAGAAGUUCUCCACACUGAUUGUUUAGAACAUUGAGUCACAUAUUAGCUUUUAUGUACGCUGUAAAUGUAAGCAUAAACCUGUCAAAUCUGCUACAAAUGUGGGCUUCCUGACAGCUACAUCCCACCAGUCCGCUCUCAGGAGGUUUUUGAAAAAGGGGCGUACCCUUGCCUCAAGAUCUGCUUCUGUUGGUUCCCCUCUCCUGCCUGUAACUUGUUGCCAGGUCCCCCAAAGUUUUGCGGCUCAGUAUGAUGUCACUCCAUUAAGUGGCUGCUGCAUGUACUGCUCUAAGGAAACACAUACUAUAUAGAGAAAUAUAUAUAAAUAGAUAGAUGGCUAUGAUUUUAUUAUUUUGUAUUAUCAUUUCUUCUUCAUUCGCACAGGAGAUAUUUGUUUGUACUUCUGUCUCUGCCAAACAUCUACGUACUACAAUCCUCAUGCUCCACAGAUGUUGUAUGGCAUCCACUAAACCUCUUUAGAUAUUUGUAAAUGCUAUAGUGUGAUACCUUUCAGCGCAAGUUUGUCACUUUUCUUUUACCAACUAUGAUUUUUGUUUUUGAGAAUAAGCAAGUAAGAAAAAAAAAAUUAAAAAAAAAAAAAAAUCAUUCUGUGUCUGGCUUUGACAUGACGAUCUAACUAAAACUGUAAUAUUGUAACUGAAAUAUGUAUGAUUCUACGAUGAGCUUUCACUUCCCUUUCACUCUUAAAAAAAAAAGAAAAAUGACUGAAAAAAAUAGUCCAGUGUAAAAAAACAGUAUAUGUAGUAUCUUCUUGUGUUUAGUGAGCAUUCAUGCUGUCAUUUUUUCCCAAUGUAUGGUGGUGAACUAUGGUGGCACUGUGCUGUCCUAAAUGGAUCAGCCCAGAUCUGUUGUUAAACCCUUUUUUGUACACCCACUCAUCAAUUGUAACAGUGAAGUAGUGGAUUUCAUUUAUUUCAUUUAUUUUCUGACUUUUUAUUAUUUUACCCAAAUGGAUACAGUGGUAAAGUGUUUUGUUUAUAAAUCACUAAUAAAGUUUUCUUUCUUAAAAACAAAAUCUGAA